GACAGAGAGCAGCAGGACCGAAGGGACUUGUGAUAGAUGGAUGAGGGACUGUGAAGAGGUAGAACUGUUAAAUAAGCACUUUUCUGUUCCCCUUCUUUGAAUGUAGCCUGCUGACUCCAGCACCUGAGGCACUUAGAGUUGUUUUGAAGUGCUUUUGAGGAUUGACUCUCCAGGGAACAAGGGAAUUAACCACUUUUGUUUGCAAUCCACGGCACCAACAUUCAGGAGGAAAGAGAGGGAUUACAGCCUGCCCCACUUGUUCUCUUUACUCUGCGUUUUGUCUUGACGCUGCUACUUUGGAGACUUUGAUACGACUUGAAUUGUUGAUUCAAGCACAAGAGCAGCAUGGCAUAUGGACAAAAGAGCCACAGGUGGGCAUUAACCCAGGGAUCCUUCAGCUUGGCAAUGGGCCUGCUGGUCUUCUCCCUCCUUCUCCUUCUCCUCACCGUCUCGGCCGCAGAUGAGUACGACUACUACAGCUGGCAGUCAGACAACUUCCACAAUGGCCGGUUCUACACCAAGCAGCCUCAGUGCGUGGACAUCCCGGCCGACCUCCGCCUCUGCCACAACGUCGGCUACAAAAAGAUGCGGCUUCCCAACCUGCUGGACCACGAGACCAUGCCAGAAGUGAAGCAGCAGGCGGGGAGCUGGGUGCCUCUUCUGGCCAAGAGGUGCCACGCUGACACCCAGGUCUUCCUCUGCUCUCUGUUUGCACCUGUCUGCCUGGACCGGCCCAUCUAUCCGUGCCGCUCUCUGUGCGAGGCGGUGAGGGACAGUUGCGCACCAGUGAUGGAGACCUACGGCUUCCCCUGGCCAGAGAUGCUGACAUGUGAUAAAUUCCCCAUCGACAAUGACCUCUGCAUCCCCAUGCAGUUCACUGGCAACCAUGCGACGCAAACCCCAGUGUCAAAGGUGUGUCCUCCAUGUGACAAUGAGCUGAAGGCGGACAACAUCAUGGAGCACUACUGUGCCAGUGACUUUGUCCUGAAAAUGAAAAUCAAGGAGGUGAAGAAGGAGAAGGGGGACAAGAAACUGAUUGCAGCCCAGAAAAAGAAGAAGGUUUUGAAGCAGGGAGUUCUGCGAAAGAAGGACUUGAAGAAGCUGACUCUGUACAUCAAGAACGGCGCCAACUGCCCGUGCUCCCAGCUGGACAGCCUGGCCUCCAACUUCCUCAUCAUGGGCAGGAAGGUGGACCAGCAGCUUCUUCUCAUGUCCAUUCACAAAUGGGACAAGAAAAGCAAAGAACUCAAAUUCGCCAUCAAGUACAUGAAGUCCCACCAGUGCCCCACCUACCACACUGUCUUCCAGUGACGCGUGUAUCUGGACUCUUGUGAUGGCCUCCCAUCUUUGGACUCCCAUCUUUCCCCUCAUAGAUUUAAUGUAAAAAAAAAAAAAAAAAAAAGUGCCACUUAUUUUAACAGAUUCUUCAGUGCUACCAGCUCAUAACACGUCUAGUUAAGUGCCUCUUAUUUAACAAAAGCAGGUGGAUUUUAAUACAAUAAUGUACACACUCACCGUACAGUAAGAAAAAAUGUAAUAUAUUUGUAUCCAUUUAUCGUCGAUCAGUUCCGCUCGUAUUAGAUGGCCUCCUUGGUGAAUAUGUAUUCACAGUAUCAUCCAGAGAGAAUCAUAACUUCCCAGAAUGUUGGGUGGCAGUGAAGGGCUUUUUCAGAUGAGAAAAUGACAACAAGCGUUUUGCAGAUAUGAGCACUUUGCUUCCAGGAACAACAUCAAACAGGAAGGUAGCAGCUGGUCCACUUGACUGUCUUCAACAUUUCAGGCGGUAAAUGAUGAAUACUAGAUGAUUUGAAGAUCAAAUGACAGUAAGAGACGGAUGGAAACUCCUCAGACUUGAAGCAGCCAAAACAGGGAACGGAACGAAGACUCAUUGGAAAAGAAGAAGACAGACUCUGGACCUUGUAUCUGGAAAAGUCUUAUCAUUACUCAGACACGCGUUGACUUCUUGUUUUUGUAAUAACCUACGCUUCGUAAUAGCACUGGUGGGGAAAUCAGUCGCAACUAGCACCCGACUUCACUUUCCCAUAGCAAAGAAGAUUGUUUUUAAUCAGUUAAUCUGUUUGUAGUUUUGUUACUGAAAUACGUGUUUGUUUGACUUUUCAAUACAAGUAAGUAAAUAAAAUAUAUUUGAAAUUUUUAUAAAGAACAGCUCUGAAAUAUUCAUGAGGAAAUGUUCAUUGAACUGUGGGCGUGGCUUGUGGUUUGCGUGCUGGAACUGUCGUGAUCGACAGUAGGAUAUUAGCACAUUUGUGAUGACAUUCUCAAAACAUUCCUUCUUGCUUGUGCUAUUUGUGUGGAUCCUGUUGCCGGGAGCGUAGUAAUGAAAGAUAAGGGAUUAUUGGCCACCUGAUUUUUUUUUUUGUCAUACAAAACCAAUAUAUUCUCCUAGUCUGCUUCUAACAUGGGUCUAAAAAUGACAGACAGAGAUUUCAUAUUUGAUGUCUGGACGCUUGGAGGAACUGGUUGGAUCAAGAAUGUUGGAAAUGCGGAGAGAAGAAGAGGAAGGCAACCAAACAGGCUGGAUGUGGCGUGUAAGGAAAGGAAGAGAAUUGGUGUGACUGGGUCCGAAGCCUGGUGGGAAAUGCCAAAAUAAGUACAAAUGUAUUUAACAACGGAUUUCAGGUAUUUUAAGUCAAAAAUUCCAACCUUAAAAUGGAGAUUAACAAUAUUUUUUUCAUCCAUGUUUAUCUGGUCUGUAUACUUCUUAAGAAUGAAGCUACACUUCACAUUUCUCUCUAUGGCUUUCAGAAAAAAAUAUUAGAAUCUGUCUGUUUACUUCUUGCAUUAGCAACAGAGCCACUUAAAACAACAGGCAGUAAGUGUCCAU